UCAGGCCGGCGUCCGUUUUCUUGCAAGCCGGCCUGGCUUCUUGUUAGUUACCUACCUAUAUACUCUCGGCCGUGUUUUGUUCCUGCUCCCAUUUUCAGGGGCUCGCCGUUGCUAUGGGAAACUCAUGUUGGAUGUGACAGGGGUUCGACUUCUGUUUCCGAAGCACGUUGCCGAUUCGCGAUCGGGAUCUUCCGGACCGGAGAACCGGAUCAGCCAAGUUUGUUGGGGAGACCAGGAUCCGGACACCGAGAGCAGUUUGGUCGCCAUUGAGGGAAAAAAAAAAUUAAGGAAAGCGUGCAAUUUUUGCGCAUCGUCGUUAACUUAUCCCAUAUCACGGUCCGUUGGGAAUAUUUCGUAUCAUAUUACUGAAUUUCCCGCAUCACGGGCGCAUCGCUGCGGUUUUUAAAGCUCUGAUCACCUUCCGCACUCGGUUACAGGCCGACUUUUUAGCUUUGACGGAGGAGUCAGGAGACUUCCAGCAUGCUUCGAUCGGUUCGCGUGUCCGGGCCCGCAAUGGGUGGCAGCCUUGGUGUGCCGAGGACAGCCAUCAGACCCCUCAGCACAUGUCUGAAAGCGUCAUCCCGAGCGUCGUCCUAUGCCCCGGUUUCGUCAUUUGCAGCCCGUCCGGUAACAACCUCCACAAUUCAGCACCAAAGAUACUUUCACGGUAGUGCGACAAGGAUGGCGGCCCAAACGAGAACCGAGAGUGAUGCCUUUGGCGAGGUCCAGGUGCAGGCCGACAAGUACUGGGGAGCACAGACGGAGCGUUCCCUCGAGAACUUCCGCAUCAACCAGCCCCAGGACCGGAUGCCGCCGCCCAUCGUCAAGGCGUUUGGCAUCCUGAAGGGCGCUGCGGCGACGGUCAAUAUGCGCUAUGGUCUUGACCCCGCCAUUGGCAAGGCCAUCCAGCAGGCCGCGAAGGAGGUCGCGGACCUCAAGCUGCUCGACCACUUCCCCCUCGUCGUCUGGCAGACGGGCUCCGGCACGCAGUCCAACAUGAACGCCAACGAGGUCAUCAGCAACCGGGCGAUUGAGAUCCUCGGUGGGACAAUGGGUUCUAAAAAGCCGGUGCACCCCAACGACCACGUCAACCGCUCCGCCUCGUCCAACGACACCUUCCCGACCGUCAUGCACAUCGCGGCCGUCCUGGAGAUCGAGGGCGAGCUGAUCCCGGCGCUACGCAGCCUGCGGGCGGCGCUGCAGGCUAAGGUGGACGAUUUCGAGGCCAAGAAGAUCAUCAAGAUCGGGCGCACUCAUCUGCAGGACGCCACCCCCCUGACGCUGGCCCAGGAGUUCAGCGGCUACGUCGCGCAGCUCGACUUCGGCAUCAAGCGCGUCGAGAGCUCGCUGCCGGACCUGCGUCUCCUGGCGCAAGGCGGCACGGCGGUUGGGACGGGCAUCAACACGUUUGAGGGCUUCGCCGAGGGGAUCGCGGAGGAGGUCAGCAAGAUGACGGGGACCGAGUUCAAGACGGCGCCCAACAAGUUCGAGGCGCUGGCGGCGCACGACGCCAUCGUGCAGGCGCACGGAAGCCUCAACACGCUCGCGGCGUCGCUCAGCAAGAUCGCGCAGGACAUCCGCUACCUGGGCAGCGGCCCGCGGUGCGGCCUCGGCGAGCUGGUGCUGCCCGAGAACGAGCCCGGCAGCUCCAUCAUGCCCGGCAAGGUCAACCCGACUCAGUGCGAGGCACUCACCAUGGUGUGCGCGCAGGUCAUGGGCAACCACGUGGCCUGCACCAUCGGCGGGAUGAACGGCCAGUUCGAGCUCAACGUCUACAAGCCGCUGGUGAUCCGCAACCUGCUGCACAGCGUCCGGCUGCUGUCGGACGGCAUGCGCAGCUUCGAGCGCAACCUGGUGGCUGGGCUCCAGGCGAACGAGGAGAAGAUUUCCAGCAUCAUGAAGGAGUCGCUCAUGCUGGUUACGUGCCUCAACCCCAAGAUCGGCUACGACAUGGCCAGCAAGGUGGCCAAGAACGCGCACAAGAAGGGCCUGACGCUCAAGGAGAGCGCCAUGGAGCUGAAGGCGCUGACAGAGGAGGAGUUUGACACCCUCGUCAAGCCUGAGCUCAUGGUCGGCCCCAAGCCGUACAAGGGCUAGAUUGGGAGUCCCAUGUUAUUUUCCAACCAGGACGGUGGGAGCGCUGGCAGAAGCCAUUUUUGGUUCUGACCAAAAAGUUCCAAGAUGGUGGAUUGCUACAAGCGGCGCGCCGCCAUCUUCUAACAAGU